AUGAGUGAUAUUACGAAGACGUAUAACAUGGAUAUGCAGAGACUGGUAUCAUCUACUCAAAGUUACAUCCAUAGAAAUUCCAAAAAGUCUAGAAGAUUCAGAAGCUCAUUUAGAACAGAUCAAAUCAACUAUUUAGAAAAUGAGUUCAAGAAGUUUCCAUAUAUUGGAAAUGAUAAUCGACAAGAACUGGCGCGUGUCUUGAACCUUCCAGAAAGGGCUAUAAAGAUCUGGUUUCAAAACAGAAGAAUGAAGGAGAAAAAGGAAUCGUAUAGAGAAAUCGACGAUAGAAGUCACAUUGAUUCUAUGAAUCAAAUAAACAAUCAAUUUAAUGGUGCGCCUAUUUUGCAAUCAACUAAUGAUCAAUUACAUAAAGCACCAUUACAAAUUGCAAAUAACGAGGCGAAACAUAUUGGAAUCCCGAUAUGCCGAUAUGAUGCGAAAGAUCCGAAAGAACAGGAAAUAUCAACAACUACUGAAACGAUUCCAAAGACAAUACCGGUUUCAGAAACAGUACAGAUAGAAGCGUUUCCAUUGCGCAAGGACGACGUUAAUAGACAAAAGCAGCCUGAGAAGAGUGUUACAAGAAAUGUAAAACCCAAGGCUUUGAAUGCACCAUCGGAGAAAAGAGGUAGAAAACCAAGUAUAAACCCAACGCAAGAAUUACCAGAAGAUUUGUCAAAGCCGUGUAAAAUAGAACAUCAAGAAGCAAAAGUUGAUACAGAUUCUAAUAGAAAUGGAUGCAUACCUAUCUACAUUCCAAACUGCUAUACGUCACCUUUUGGUCCUACAAAUGUCAUAUGGAAUCCCACAAAUAUGGGACACCUAAUCCCUGGUAGGGCCUCAGUUCCUACGUCCUUGCCUACAUCUUAUAGUCCUAAUGCAUUUACAGUAAUCGGUCAGAAUUUACGUAAAAACAAUUGUAACUGCGAUUGUCAUCUUCAGUUUGUGCCCCAAGUGGUCCCUGAUAACCCAGCACAGUACUUUCCUCUCUUUACAAUACCCUAUUCAGCACCACAACUAUAG